GUUUCGAGCUCUCAGCUGUUUCGCGCAGUACAGUACGUAUACAAGAUCACCUUCUCACAUUUGCUCACAUACAGUUUCUGUGCUGAGAAGAAAGCAUUUUCUCUGGAACAUUUAGGCUGAAGGCACUCAAAAAUGUUGAUUUUCAUCAAAAAACCGGAUGGCAAUGUGCUGGAAAUUGAAGUUGGACCUAAAGCUGUCGGUCUGGAAUGCUUGGAUUUGACCUGUCUGAAGCUGAACAUGGUUGAAGGGGAUUACUUUGGCCUGCAGUUCACAGCAAAGAAAGGGGAGAGACACUGGCUAAACCUUCGAAACACCAUAACAUCGCAGCUCCCUAUUGGAUUCUCCCAGCCUAUCCGUUUGGACCUGAGGGUUAAAUUCCAUGUCGAACCACACAUCUUGCAGCAAGAUAUCACAAGACAUCUCUUCUUUCAUGAUGCCAAACUCCUUGUGAAAGAAGGGAAGUUUAAGGCAGCCCUCAAGAACGCUGCCCGAAUUGCCGCUUUGUUCACCCAGGCUGAGAAUGGUGAUUUUGGUGCCAGCAGUGACAUGGAGCAGCUUUCUGGAUACUUCCCCCAGUUUGCAGACUCGGAGGAAUUCAAAGUGACAGCCCAAGCAGAAUAUGCCCGUCUCCGCAGCAUGCGGACCGAACACGCGCUCCUGUCUCUGCUCAGAGAAAUCUGUGAAAUGGAUUCUUAUGGAUUGGAUACAUUCACCGCCAAGACCUGCUCGGGCCAGUUCUGCGAAGUGGGAGUUGGAGCCCAUGGAAUUCUGGUGACUAAUGUGGAAACACAAGAUUGUGUGAAGAUCCCCCUUCAAUCUGUAAAGAGGUUGUCAGUUGAGAAGAGAGAUUGCCAGAUGCACUAUGAGCUUGACGAUGGACAUAACUUUACAACAGACAAGAUGGAGCUCACUCUCCAAACCAAGGAGGUAGCAGAAGGGCUGUAUCGCUCUAUCACAGAGAAAGUGGAAUUCUUCACCAGUGAAACUGUCAGUGAACCAGUCAAAGACCAGUUUGUUCGAGACUUACGAGGGAGCAUCGUCUCUUUCUUCAAUGUCAAUACGGACUUGGGGAAGAAGUACUCCUUUGAUCUGCGCAGAACGCAGCAAGAGGUCCAUGACGAUGCGAGGAGGAAGCUUUUUAGGAUGGGCAUCUCAACACAGUCUUGUGAAGAUAGCGCCGACUUAUCCGCCCAGGCACAUAAUAGGCAAGAAGGUGCCAACCAGCUUGAACAGGAACUUCAAAUGUAUCGGGAUGCUGUGACAUGUAAGGUCUGCAUGGCAUGUCAUAUGGACACAGUUCUCUUACCCUGUGGUCACUUUCUCCUGUGUAGCAACUGUGCUGACAUGGUCUCCUCUUGCCCCUCGUGUCGCUUAAGCAUUGAAGAAAGGAAGAAAGUCUUCUGGGACAGACCUAUGAAUGUUACCUAGAGCAAGCUAAACAGGUAAAGUUAAUUGUGUUCAUAAUGCUUGUAGAAGGACCCUGAAUCAGUAUUACAAAGAUUGCCAUGAUGUAUGUUAUGUUUUUAUUAAGAGAUUAGUCAUUUUGAAUUUCUGUCAGAUACCUUUAGGAAUUAAGAUCAGAUGACCUGUAGCUACAUGUAUGUGUAUGUUUCAAGUGUUGUAAAUGAAGGGAAAGGAAUAAGUUGAUGCCAGAAUCAAAGUAACUUGUAAUAUGAUCUGUGACUGACUUGACAUUGUUUAUUUGUACACUGCAUACAAAAUUAAGUUCCAUGUUGUGCACAACUAGAAUUGCAUCUAAAAGCUACAGUAGACGUACCUAGCUAGUAGCUAGCUACUUAUGUUUAGUUAAUGUUUAGAAACAUUGAUGGAACAACAUGUAAGGAACAGUGUCAUGUUACAUUUUCUUUACUCCAAAUGAUAAGACCUUAUAAUCUGAUCAGAUGUGGAUGUGUAGUUUUGUAAAUUUUUUAGAAGAAUGAAAACUUGUAUUUUUGAUCUCUGAGGUCAACACAUUUUUUAAAAGGAGAAUUGCCUUGAAUUGUAGAAAAAAACAACAUAUUUUUGUAAAAUGUGUGAUAGCUAAUAUAAGAAGUUGAUACAUAUGUUUACGUCAACUGUUAGUGUAGCAUUCUCCCAGGUUCAUACAUCUACACUUUAAAUGCAUUUUGUAGACGUGUUAAAUGCCCUCUCUAGUGUAGUUGGUACAUUCCUAUGAUAUACAUAUACAUUGCAAGAAUUCCUACAUGUAUACUGUAUCCUUUUUUUUCCUUUUCCCCCUUUUUGUUGUUGCAAGAAAUGUAGUCUUUCUAUUUGUAGUAUUCAGAUUCUGUGUGCAUUCCAAAGCCACAUCAGGUCAAUUUAGUUAAUUUAGAUUUGUGCAAUAAUCUGUUUAGAAAAAACUUUUCAAUUUCAUUUCUUUCCGUAUUGCUGUACAAAUAUCUGAGAAUAGUUUUAGUUCAGACUAAGAUCCACACAUGAUUUUAUAUUUCCUCCCACAUGAUUUUGUUCAACUUAACUUGAUGCACAAAUCGGUGUUGUGCAUUUGGCAUGUACAUGUAUAUGAGAUCAUACGUGUAAUAACUUUUCCAGUCAUAAGAAACAAUGGAUUUCAUACUGUACACACUUGCGCUAAAUGGUUCAUUUGAAAACGAAUACAUGUUUACAGUGUCAAGUACAAUGUACAUGUCCGAAUGUAUUUAUAAUAUACUGUAUGUGUGUACACACAGAAGGGAAGAUCCAUCAAAAUGUUAUCCUUGCCAUACACUCUUUUGUUGUGUUUAUGAAGUUAUUAUUUAUUUCAUGGUCAAGACUGCAGUAUACAUGCAAAAGUAAAUUGUUUGCUCUGAUACCUUUAUAAGUGCUUACAUCUAUGUAGCAUACUUUUUUUUGUGAUGUCAUGUUUUCCAAAAUCAUGUUCUCGCCAGUUCUCGAGAUUUUUUUAAUUGUGUAUGCAAAGUGCGGUGCACAUUGUUUUUUAGUCUGUAGAAAUUAAAAGUUCUAUUUUACACUGUUAAUAUAUUGUAACAAAGACAUGGAGAAAUGUGAGUAGAUUUUGUUUGUAAGUAUGUGUGUGACUCAUUCAGUGGCUGUGCCAAAUUAUUGGUGCUGUACUACUUAUACAUGUACAUGGAUGCCAAUUAUCAAAACUAUUUUGAAGUUUGAAUGUGCACUAACUUUGCUAUUUCAUCUUUAUUUGGUAAGUGAGACCACCAUCCU